UUGGUUCUCACUGCCGUCGACCGAAGGUCAGUGGAUAUUCGUCCGCAGUAGUCGAACUGUAUUCUGGUAUGCGAUUUACGAUAAUUGUUGCUCCCGUGAUGCUCCCGUCGUCACCGUCGUGUGUUCGCCGAUGACGUCCGCCGUAGUCGGCCACCGACGACCAUUCGCGUUUUGCACGCGCCACAAUCGUGCCGUCACCGCCGGCGCCUGUGCCUGUGCCGUCGUCAACGCGUCGCGUUAGAUCGAUACAAUAAUUUACGCGCAGAGAGAGAGCGCGAUCGCCGUGUACACGGCCAUCGUCUUCGUCUUGUUUUUUUCAGCGCUCCGCGGCAAGUUACGCCCGUAAGCGCGAGCUGUGGUCUCUAGAAUAAUCGCCGAACAGUUCGGAAUCUAGCCUCUUAUAUAGCAGGCUGAUUGCAUUUACUUCAUACGCUAGCUGAAUGAUUCUUAAAUUAAUGGAUCAAAGAGGUAUUAAGGAUUUAUAUCCCAUAGUUUUGUAUGUAAAUGGAUAAUUUUAACAUACCAUUGCUGAAGUUGAGUGAAAUGGAUAAUAGCAAUAAUUGUUUUAUCAGUGAUCCAUCUCUAUUUUCCCACUUGGAAAUAGACCAAGAUCAUGAAUAUCUAAAACAGUUCUUAUUGGAUCAAGAUAAAACUACACCUCAUCAACCUCUACAUGUUCCAAACUAUGAUCCAUUAUCAUACAAUAAUAUGUUACAUCCUAACAAUAACAUAAUGCAAGAUGCAUAUCGGAACAGACUUGAUUCAAACCAGUCAUUGAGUCAAAGUUUUAACAAAGAUAACUCAAACUUCAUGAAUGAUUCUUAUGGUGGCUACACAGUACUAACACCAAAUCCUUCACCAAUGGCUUUUAAUUACAAUCCUCAGUCAUUAAGUACAAACUUUAAUUCAGUGGACACCACAAGUUCAUCGAUUCUACCACUACCUGGCUUUGAUCCUACUACCAUUUCAAAUCAUGUAGAUACCUUCAUGCCUUCAGUUACUACAGGGCCAUCAACGAUGCCAGACUUUAAUAAUAGGCAAAUAAGAAAUGAUCAGUAUUCUCCUGGUAUAUCUCCAACUAUAGCUAGUUUUCCUACACCCGCUAGUGUAUCUGAUAGUCCUGGUGCUGGAGCCUUAAGUGCAUCACCUAUGUGUAAUGGUGAGAAUUCUAGUUUAAGUGACAGUGUUAUUAGUCCUGCUACUACUCAAAGAACUGGUAGUGAGCGAUCUGUAGAAACAAAUCCACGAUCAAUUGAAAGUGUAUCAAGUGAUCUAUGUUCACCAAGAGUUGAUUUAGAAUCUUUAAUUAUACAACCUCCACCCACUGCAGUCAUUACCAAUGGAGAGUUACACAAGACUACAGUUGUUCCACCCAAAAUAAAACCAAAACCUAUAGUUGCCAACGGUGUUACACUUACAAAAUCCGGAAAACCUCGCAAACGACGUUCAGCUCCAAAAGAAAAACCAGUUAAACCUAAGAAACCUCCAGUAGGUUCAAUAUAUCAAAGUGAAAUUGCUGAAAAUGGCGGUAUUAAAUUAAAAAUAUCAUUAACUGCAAUGCCACAAAAGAAAAAACGAAAAAGUAGAAAGAAAUCUGAUGAUAGUAAAAUUAUGCAAUGUGAUGAGCCAAUUGAACAAAGUUCUUGGGGUGAUCGGUUACCAGAACCUAUACUAUUUGAAAUCUUUCGUUUAGCAACUAAAGAUGAAGGAUGCAUUCCAUUUCUUGUCAGGGUGUCUCAAGUAUGUAGGCUUUGGCGUAUUGUUGCCUCUGACCCCUUACUUUGGACUAAUAUUGAUUUAGCUGGACGAUGGGUUUCCAAAAAUCCUAUCAGAAAUGAUAUUAAUUUUAGAUGGCUUUGUGAAAAUCGACUUGCCAAAGUUCAGGAACUCAAUUUAGGUGGUUGGCAGUUUACUGGUAUUCCAGCUAUACUAGAUAGAAUUAGUACCUCUUGCUUGGAUCUACGAGGACUGAGUUUAACAGGCUGGGAAGGUUUAAGUUUAAAUAAUGUUAGGUUUCUUGUCACUAAUUGUCACAAACUAGAACGAAUAGAUUUAUCAGGAAUAAAUGCUCAACAUAGCAGUGGUAAAAGUGGAGUUUGUUUAAACUCUCUAAUGUUCCUGACACAACACAUGGGUCAAAGGUUGACACACUUGAAUUUAGCUGAUAAUCGGCUUUCGGGGAUUACACAAUUAGUCAAUUCUUUAGCUACUUACUGCCCUAAUCUUCAAUCUCUAGAUUUGACUAAUGUCAGAAUGGUUGGUAAUACUGGACACCUUCAUAUUGAACGAUUACAAGGAGGUUGUCCAAAAUUACGUGUAUUAAGAAUGAUCACUAGCCAAUUGUGUCUUAGUAAUGUUCCAUUAAAUGAACAAGCCUUAUCCCCGGGUUUUCCAUGUUUGGAAGAACUAUGUGUUGCUACAAUAUCUAAUGAUCUAAAUGCUUCUGGACAACCAUUUAUUGAUGAUCAAGCUCUUGAGAGAAUUCUUAAAACAUCACAUAAAUUAUGUGUACUUGAUGUUAGAGGAUGUUCUAGAGUGACAGAUUCAAGUUUAGUGAGGGUUCCUGCUUGGGAUUUAACUCACUUAUAUUUAUCAGGAUCAUAUGUUACUCGAGUAAGUGAUUCUGGCCUUGAUCUGAUAUGCAAAAAGUGGAGUCAUAGUCUUGUGGAAAUUGAUCUUUCUUGGUCAAUUAACACUAAAACACUUGAUGCAGCUGUUCUUGCUCUUUCAGAACAAGGAGAAAAAUCUAUGCUUAGAAAAAUGGAUCUUACUGGUUCUUCUAUUAGUCUUGAACCAGUAAAGGCUGUGUUAAAUAACUGUCCUCUUCUCAGUUCUUUGAACUUGGCAUCCUGUCGAGGUUUACCAAGAGGCAUUAAAAGGCUGUACAAAGGUCAUUCAUUGGCUGAAUUACGAGCACAGCUUAAUCAUAAACCUGAUUCAUCUCAAGAAUCUGAAGAUGGAGGUUAGGGUUAACUUUUAAGGUACCUUCCAUUUCUUUUUUACUGUUUUUUUUUUUUUUUUUUUUAUUACUUUUUUAUGUGUUAUGUUUAAACAGUCAAGAGAUUGUUGUUCAAUGUGAUAGUUAUAAAUUUACUUUUUUUUUAUUAUUAUUAUUAAUAUUAAUUAUUCUGCCGAUACAUUAAGUAAUAGUACAAAUUUUUAAUAAUUUAUUUCAUUUUCAAUUUUCUUCCUU